AUAAUUCGUUGACCGCGACUCGGCCAAGAGGGCGUGCCGGCGAAGACUGGAGCUGCCUGCACCAGGGUCUAUGCUUUCUGUGACCUGGAAGAGCAUGGCAUAGGCUUUUGCUAUCCUAACACUUGACAAUCUGGGCGCUUUCACCGUCGUGCAAGGCGCAUCGUCAAUCACUUGAUCAGCCACCGCCUACUCGUCGCCCAUCAUGGCUUCCAAUGUCGUAGCAGAGCUGGAAGCCGGCCUGCAGGCAAUGCUCUCUCUAAAGCCUCCUGGAGUAUCGGGCUCCCGGAUCAUGAAUAUCACGGCGCUUUGUGUCGCCAACGUCCAGUACGAAUCGGUCCUCAUCCAGAAGCUCUUCACGCACUUCAAAAAGACGCCCGGCACACACAAACUGGGAGUACUCUACGUCGUAGACUCUGUAACGAGGAAGUGGUUGGACCAGGCCAAGGCUCAAGGACAGACCCCCAGUCUUUCGGCGCCAGAUGGGACAUUCGCUGCAGGCGUGCAUAGAGUAACAGAACUGAUACCCAUUCUGAUGAACGACAUCAUCGCAACGGCCCCAGAAGAUCAAAAGGAUAAGCUGAGGAAGCUGGUUGAGAUCUGGGAGAAAGGCCACACAUUCCCGCCAUCCAUGGUCAAUUCGUUCAAGGAGAAGCUGAAUGCUCCUCGACCCAACGAGUCGACGACACCGCCCGGCAGCCCUCCUGCCAAUCCCCUCACCUCGCUCGGUUCUGACAGCAAGCCGGCAGCAGCACCGGCAAACCCUGCUGUUCCGAGCAUCUUGGACACGCUUGCAAGCAUUGCGCGUCAGAAUGCGUCGUCUGCGCAGAGUAAUUCCAGCCUGGCCGCCCCGGCUCCGGUCCCGGCUCCGGCUCCGGCUCCGGCUCCGGCCUCCACUCCAGCUGUUGCACCCGUGUUCGGUACCGCUGGUGGCCCUCCGCGUAGUGGCGCCAUGCAGCCAGCUGCGCUGCCCGUACAAUCACAGCCCACCAUGCCGUUUCUGCCGGCCUCUCAGCCGACUCCGCAGCCGGGCCAGCCUGUAAAUGUACCAGGACUGCCGUUUGCGUUCCCUCCUCCGCCAGUGCCGCCCUCUCAGGCAGCUCCUCCGGCGGCGCCAGUUGCUCCGGGCGCUGCCCCGCCGCCGCCGGGUGGCUCAAGUAAUCCGACCGCUGCCGCGGUGCAGCUCGUUGCUGCGCUCGCGGCCCAGGGUAUCCCCAUUGACAAGAUCGCCAGCGUAAUCCAGAUGAUGGGUCAGACCGGCGCCAUGCCCCCGGCGGCUCCGCCUCAAUUGCCCCAGAUGCCCCAGCCCACGCAGACUGGCUACGCAGCGCCUCCGCCGCCUGUGCCCGCGCCCGCGCCUGCGCCGUGGGAUGCUCCCCGACCUGAUGAUGCGCGUGAUCGCUCGGGCUAUCAUGAUGGUAUCAGGUCGCCAAACCGACCGCGCGGCCGAUCCCGGUCCCGGUCCCCUCCGCGUUGGGAUGGUCGUGGCUCUCCCAGGCCCCGUGCGAAUGAGCGUGGCUUUGACUAUGGACGUCCCGGAUCACCUGGACGUGGCCGUCCCGAGGACAGGGACCGGCGCGGACAGAUGUCCGAUUACCGCCAGCGGUCGCCCCGUGGACGCCGGCCUGAGAGCCCGGCCCGCGAACCCUUCCAGCAAGAGAAGUGGGUCGAGUAUGACAGUAGCUUACCCAACGGCUGCAUCAAGGUCUACAGCCGGACUCUGUUUGUGGGCGGUGUAACUUGCUCCGAAAAUGAACUCCGCGACAUCUUCAACCGCUUUGGCCAGGUCCAGACCUGCAUCGUGAACAAGGAGAAGAGACAUGCCUUUGUCAAGAUGUACUACCGCAAGGAUGCCGAGAGAGCAAAGACGGCCAUGGAAGACGCUCGUACGCAGGACUACCAACUUCGGACAAGAUGGGGCGUCGGCUUCGGCCCGCGCGAUUGCAGCGACUACCAGAGCGGCAUCAGCGUCAUCCCCAUCCACAAGCUGACCGAGGCUGACCGCAAGUGGAUGCUGACCGCCCCCUUCGGCGGCUCCGGCGGCCGCCCCAUUGUCACCGGCCUGUGCGUCGAGGAGCCCGACAUCGAGAUCGGCGCCGGCGUCUCCUCCAAGGCCAUCAGCCGCCGCAUGCAGACCGACAAGGGCGGCAACCACGGCCCCAAGUCCAGCCGGCGCGCCGAGGACGAGCCCGCGUUCGGCCAUGGUCCCGGCGGACGGUGGCGGCACGGGAGAGACAAACACCACGGCAGCGGCGGUGGAGGCGGGGGCCGCGAUCAGAGGAGGGGCGGCGGUGGUGGUGGUGCUGGCGACGACCGGGCGGACAAAGCCGCUAACAACGACGAGCCGAUCGUCGUGGGCCUGCCGGCCGGCAUCACCAUGGGCCCCAAUGGUAUCACUUACCCGCCGAAUUUCACGUUCGGCACGGCGGCGUCGAAUCAGUAGGCACUUUACGAUGAUGCGCAUGAGCGCGGUGCGUCUCCGUGAUGCGCUGGGGCCCACCGGGGACAGGCCCCUGGCCGCUUCCGAGGGUCGGUAUCAGC